AUGUCUGUUGUUGCAGGCCCGUCCACCGUGUCGAGCACGUCCGGUGUUCCCCUGAUGCAAAAGUUGAACACUUCAGCUUCCGCAAUCCCCGAAACGUCGUCACUGUCGCCACUCAAAGUCCUGCUCUUCCCCCUUCGCGCCCUCUACCGCGCCGAGAACUUUGUCUUCAGUACCGUUCCUCGACACAUUGUGACCGGGAUCCAAAACACAAGUCGGAACUUUUGGGGCGGAGCUGCUUCAACGGCUAGAGGGGCCGGGCUCGCGGGCGACGCUGCGGCAGCGGGAACACAAGGCGCUGGAGCUGGCGUCGCCGAUGCCGCAAGCCAAGCGGGUGGGCUCUACGUCAAUGAAUUUCUCCAGGCUAUGCGGAAGGUCGGCGGUUUUUUCGGGUAUUUGACAAGCAUAUGGUUUUUCGCGUGUAUGGUGGAGGGUCUUGUCUUGAACCGCAUUACUAUCUAUGCAUCGACUCGGCGACAUCUACGCCUGGGCUGGGAGAGGCGGCUAGCUCUACGCAUCAUACCGAUCCUGCUGUUUGUCUCUCAAAUUGUGGGCCUGCUUCGCGCCAUUCGAUGCCAGACGUGCCCAAGUUACUCAGUCAUGCGAUAUGGAAAACCAGGAAAGAAGUUGGUCUUUGAUUAUGCGAGUGGAGGAGGUGUUCUACACUCCCUGAGCUCGAGCUUGUUAGCGUGGGAAUCCGACCAGCUGUCCUGCAGUGCUGUGCAAAUGAGUCGCGCAACCAACGCCUCGCCCGCCCCAUUUGGCUCCUUCUCCUUCCUGUGGCCAAUGUUUUUGUUGCUGUGCUUCAGCCACUUUGUCGAGACACUGUCUUGCGCACUCCAAGGUCGACCGGUCAUGACGGAGACUGGGAUGUCUAUCUUUGAACACUCCCUUGCAUUUGCAGAAGCCGAGUCCAUGAUUAGCAAUUCCGUUGGACUUGGGAUGCUUGGUCUUCCAAAGCAGAGCCCUCUCAACGAAGGCGCAUCCGGUGAUGAGUCCGCAUCGCCUCUUCAACUUCUUACAAAGUCCCAGGUCUUGGAGCGAAUGAAUGCCACGCCCGAGUUGCUACUGAUUGCCUUGAUAUCGUGCUGCAACAGUCUUUCAUCGCACGUACUUGAGGUUUUCGGGAAGCAGAGCAAAUACCGGCUUUUCAACACGGCUUUCUGGGGCUGUUGCUUCAUGGCCGCCAUGCUGUGGGGGCUGCAAAGCGGUCCACCAGUGAGCAACGAGACGGGAGUUCUCAAGUUCCCCACAGUGUGUAUUGUCGGCUUUAUCCCUCAUCUUCUCGUUCUGGCUGGCAUCGGAAUCUGCUUUGCGAUCUAUGCUCUAGCAUUGCUCAUCACAGCCUUUUCUCUGCCCCUGGAAGAUGCUCAAUCUAUUUCGUUCAGGGAGAGACUCGCAUUGGCUCACGACAACAUGCAAGGAUCCAACCAGAUUCGCAGCAUUCGUAUCAAUCGACACGAAGACUUCUACACGACUUUGCUCCGGAUAGGCUAUGUUGCUCUGACCGCCGCGAGCGAGGCGGUUUUCUUGAACGAAGGCAAGGGCGUUGUCGCUCGUCGAAUGACAUGGCUGGAAGAGGACCGGCUUACUGAGAUUGAGACUACGCGGAACAAAGCUGCAUCUUAUGGGCACUGGUCAGAUCCUUCCAGCGAGUCUCCGUUCGAAGCCAUGGGCCUUGCAAAUUUCGACGCACCGGAGGACCCUUCUGUAUGGGAGACUGGCUACAAGCGAGAAAGGAAGGUCGAAAAGCCAAAGAAUGGGGCUCGGCCGAUGCGAUCCCAAACAGAACUCGGCGGAAUUGGUGCCAUGCGGGCAUCAGUUCGGUUGUGGCACGUUCUUGAUCGGCUGGGAAUUAGUGCUCGACCUCAGUGGUUGAAACGUUUGACCGGGCCCCAUCAGAAGAAGCCGAGUAGCGGGAAAAUAUCCCAUUCGGAAUCUCUGGACUUUUGGAUCCUAACCGAGGAUGGUGAACUUGAGCUGCCGGACAAUCACGAGUUUGACGUUGAGCUGGAAAUGCGAAAACGAGAGCACUCGAACCGGCAGCGCUGGGAGGAACCUGACGAACGCCGGCUUGAUGAGAAGCUGUAUGACUGGUGGAAGGCCGGUGGUUCAUGGGGCAACCAAGACUACACGGCUGAUUACAACCCGCCUGUCGAUGACGAUGAUACUACAAGCGUUGUUUCAAUGUCCACCAACGCCUCAGAGUCAGAAUGGGAAGAUUAUCCCUCAGACGGUCGUCGCACGCCCACCCAGUCCAACCCCUUCCCGGCCGAGUUCUCUCGGGAAAGCACGCCGCUUCAAGAUCCUCUCAUAGACAUGAGCACCUUUGCCCGUCGCUACCAGAAGCACGUCGAAGUGGAGCGGUCUCGGAUUCUUCUGUCGUCGCGUCUCCACCGAUCAGCGGGCAUGCAACCCGGUCCGGACAAUCGUAAACCUACUGCGGAGGAAGAAUCUGAAAUCCUCGAACGGCUGAUCCUCUCCCGUCGUUCGGAGCCUCCCUCUAACUCGGAUCCACACUCCUGGGAAUCUGGUGCCACGGGUCUUGGUCCGAACGGCCCGCCCUGUGUUGUCUGCCAGACGAGUCCGCGGGCGAUCAUUACCUGGCCGUGCCGCUGUCUUUGUAUCUGUGAGGAUUGCCGUGUCAGCUUGGCCAUGAACAACUUCGGGACCUGUGUGACCUGUCGCCAGGAGGUGGAUGGGUUUAUGCGGCUAUGGGUUCCGUGA